UUUAGAGUUUAGUGCCGAAGUGUGCGGCGGUGUUCGCAGUUGUAACGUCGCAAACAGUCGACGAAGCUCGAAGUCGAGCCGUUGUGCGCAAGAACUAAAAACCUUGUACGUGUAGGUCGGAAGCCGUUUGUGGUAGUUGCGAGCUUUAUUGUGCUGAGUAAUUGUUUGGAGGGAGGAGUAGAAGUUGCGAUGUAGUUUAGGGUUAUGAAUUCUGGAGGGGAGCUUGUUUUGUGCGAUUAGAUCGAUUUGUUGAAAGAAUGAGGGUAAUUUGUGGUUUAUGUAUUUCAGCAGCUCGGAGUUUAUGUGAUUUUAGGUUUUGGCUUCUGGUAUGAGGUACUACUGAAGCUAGGUUGUCCAUGCUGGUGCGAUUUGUUUACAGAUUUGGUGAUUUAUAGGGUUAGUUUAGGAUAUAGCCAGGGUUGAGGGUUUAAGGGGAGUAGAAGCGAGGUUAGGUAUGGCGGAUGUAGAAAGCACGGAGGUUGCACAGCCGGAAGGGUUUGUGGAGCGGUGCGAGCAGCAGUGGCAGAGGGCAGUGGAGCACGCGAAGGCGUAUCCCUACGUGUGGGCUUCCUACGUCGUUACCUUUGGAGGUUUAGGCAUAUACGGCGCGUGGCGGUUUCGGGAGCUUAGGAGGAUGGAGAAUCAGGUCAUGCAGUAUCAGCGUGAGCUCUUGAAGCGCGUGAAGCAGGAAGAAACAGCUUCAAGUCAAGCAUUGCAGCAACAGCGUGCCGCUGAAGUGCCUGCCGUCGACAAUUCUACACGUGGGAAAGCCCCCUUGGAAGCUUAACCUAGCUCUGGGCAAGGGCCAGAGGGCGGUGAUGAGAUGUUUGUGCUGCCAACAUUGAAGCUUAUUCUUGUCCCGUAUACACUGCUUCUAGUCUGCAGGUUAUAGAAUUCUUGAAUUCACAUUAUGUUUGUGGAAUUAAGAAUCCACUUGGUGAAGGGCCAGUUGACAAAUUUUUCUCUGUUUAGAGCUCCAGAGUUUUCGACUGGAGUCGAAUUCUUGCAGCUGGAAGUUUACACUGUUGAAGUUUAUAUAGCUUCAUUUUUUCCGAAGGACGAAAUUGUUCUUGAGGUAUAUCAGAGUCGAAGCUAUCUCGGUUGCCGCAUCAGUGAGAUAAUUGUCUGAAUCGGUGACGUCAGUGACAUUAUUCUAGUCUUGUUUUUAAAAGAUUGCAAUAUCUUCAGGCAUCCCAAGCGGAGUAUGUAUAUUACUUAUAUUCUAUUGUUGGCAUGUUAUAUCUUUCAACAGGUCUUAUUGUAUGAAAUAGUGAGGGAACUUAUAGGCCAGGAAGAUGGCAAUGGGGUUAGAUUUUAUGGAUAACAAUUUUAAUGAAUAAUUCGAUUUCAAUUCUUACA